AUGUCGCUGCCUCGCCCUCCUCCGAAGGAGAUCAAUGUCUCUGAGGAGAAAUCUCUCUUGCUUGCAACAGCCGGUGCCCCGGUUUACAUUUACCGCGACCUCGGUGGUCUCAACUAUUGGGUCUGGUUUAUCACUGCGAACCUCCUAGCCACCGCAGCCAUAUCCCCCUUUGUUGGUGCUCUCUCGGAUCUUGCGGGCCGCCGCUAUGUCGCCAUUAUCGGAAGCGCCAUCAUCAUUCUGGGUCAGAUCAUCUGCGGGACCUCGACUAACAUGGGCAUGUUCAUCGCUGGCAUGGCCCUGACAGGCAUCGGUACGGGCAUCAACGAGCUUACGGCCCUGGCCGGCACCGCCGAGCUGGUUCCGCUGUCUCACCGUGGUUACUACAUCGCCGGCAUGGUUCUGACCGUUCUUCCGUUCCUGCCGUCUGCCAUGUAUGCCCAGCUGAUUGCGGCCUACUCAAACUGGCGCUACAUCUCGAUCGUGACAACGGGUUGGGCUUUUGCCGGUAUCGUCUUGACCAUUUUCUUCUACUUCCCCCCGCCCCGUGCCCGAGUCCAGGGCUGGAAGGAAAGACUAGCCCUACUAAACCGGACGGACUUCAUCGGCGGACUUUUGUCUAUUAUUGGGCUGGCUGGGUUUGAGGUUGGCAUUCUCGCCGGUGGAUACCAGUUUCCGUGGACGAGCGCCCGUACCCUGGCUCCUCUGAUCAUCGGCGUCUGCGCGCUGGCCGCGUUCGUGGUCUGGGAGUUCCGGGGCACUGCCACCCCGAUGGUCCCCCGCAACCUCAGCAAAGCUCCCCGGACACUGGCUCUCACCAUGAUCAUCACCUUUAUCUCAGGUGCCAACUUCUUCUCGGUGUUGCUGCUGUGGCCCCCUGAGGCUUACAAUGUCUACGGCCAUGAGCCCAUUGGUGUCGGCCUCCGCGGCAUGCCCUUCGCAUUUGGUGUCUUUACCGGCUGCAUCGUCUCGCUGGCGCUGCUUUCCCACUUCCGCGGCAGCCAAAUCCGGUACUUGAUCCUCGGCGCCUCGGUUCUCAUGACAAUCGGCUGCGGCUGCCUGGCCCUCGCCACGCCCAGCAACAUGCACGCCGUGUAUGGCAUCCUCUUUGUUGCCGGCGUCGGCGUCGGCGGCAUCACGAUCCCGGUCUCGACAGUCGCAACCAUUAUCUGCGCGGGCGACGUGAUCGCGACGGUGACAGCGCUGACCAUUGCGGUUCGCAUCGUGGGUGGCGCCGUCGGCUACGCCGUCUACUUCAACGUUUUUGUGCAGCGCCUCGUGCCCGAGCUGGCCGCCCUCGUGGGCCCGGCCUGUGCGCGCGCCGGCGUCACCGACCCGGCCGUCAUCCGCGAGAUCAUCGAGCUGACUUCGGUCUCGCUCGUCAAGGAGAUCCGUGGUCUGCCGGGCGUUGAUGAUGCCGCCUGGCUGGCUAUCAUGGCGGCUGGUCAACAGGCGUACGCGAAUGCGUACCCCUGGGUCUAUUACUGCAGCGCUGCCUUUGGCGGCGCGGCGGUUGUUGCCAGCCUGUUUCUGGGCGACAUCUCCGAGAUGGUGGAUGAUACCAUCGUCGCCGCCAUGUAA